AUGGAUCUUUUUGACACCACCGCGUACUUUUCCUCAAAAGUACCCGUUCUCGCGACAUCGAAGCCCCUUUUGAGGUCUGCUGUUUGUGCUCUCUCCGCAAAGCACCUACGGCAUCUUUCUCGAAUCACGAGUUUAAACAAUGAAGGUCUAGGAACUCCCACCAGUCGUGCGUCCCUAAAUGAUUGGGGUAAUGAAGAUAUGUGGAUAUAUCACUCGGCAGUAUACUAUGACCAGGCUCUCAACAAUCUGAAAAGUAUUGUAUCUUCGAAAACAUACUUGGAUAGUGCCGCCGACAAAGAAGAGAUGCUAGCUGCCGUCGCGAUUCUCUGCGCUUUUGAAUUAAUGGACGCGCCCGUCAUAAGCGAAUCUCAGACCCGCUUGAACUUGAAGGAUAUACGCCUCUGGCAGAAUGCGGGCCUUGCUACUGAUCUCAAUGGUGAUAUUUUACCCUAUAGCCCAUUGGAUGUCAUAGAAAGUGGAAAUCUAUUGGGAUUUGAGUUUGAAGAGGAUCAGAAAAGCAAUGAACUCACGUGGAUUCUGGGAAAAAUUGCAAAUCAUCUCACUGCAGGAGAUGCUUUGUCUGCUGAGGAUAGUACAUUGCCACCUGAUCAACGCCUAUCUAUUGGUCUUACCCAGCAACAUCUACUGGAAAGAUGGAGCCUAUUGAUGACUGACCUCGAAAGGUGGCACGGUUCGCUUCCGCCAUCUUUCCAUCCAAGCGGGCGCACACACAAGUCUGGCCCUAUCGUUCCCGGGCUCGAGUUGAGUCAGAGCUCCACUAUCUUUGAGCAGAUCUGGUUUGACUUGCCACUUGCCGCGGCGACAAUACAAAGCUACCAUCAGGCGAAAAUACUGCUACUGGCGAAUGAACCACAAGAGUCAACGGCUCUUAGAUCAACAGUGUCAGCGCGCUUGAGAUCUUAUCGACAUGCCUUGGCAGAGGUUAUUUAUCAUGCACGCGAAAUAUGCGGUAUCAGUCUGGCGAAUUCGUCGACUGAUUCAUUCCGAGUUAACUCUGUUCAAGCACUAUUUGUCGCCGGUCAGGUAUUCCAGGACGAAAACGAACAGAAUGCCGUUCUUGAAUUACUAUCUGGGAUUGAACGAGAUAUUGGGUGGACAACCAGGUUUCAUAUUGACAAGCUAAAAGAUGAAUGGACAAAAGGAAAAGCAGGUAAUCACGUUGAGCGGGAUCAGCCCAGAUCUGAUUUCCACUGGUCGGCUUUAUAG